GGGGGCGGUAAAUAGACCAAUCAGCUGCUUUGUCUCAGUGUGACGUCCAGCGGAAGUAAAACUAAAGGCUCCAGCAGCAGCUUGUUUGGACUCAGCUGGAAGACGGUUGUGUUUUCGUAUCUCAGCUGAAUAUUUCAGUAGUUUCAGUAACAAUGUCUUCAGUUCAGCAUCUGAGAGAGUUUAUCAGAGAGCGACUAACUGCUGCUGCUGAAGAAAUCUUCUCAGAGGUUGAGAAAACCAUCGUCCGCUACGAGGAAGAGCACAAAAUAAUGGUUAUCAACUGGAAGCCACAAAUAAAGCUCAACAGAAUCGGUAUGGAGCUGCAGAGACCAGGUUCUGGAGACCUCCCACAGCUAUAUGUCUGUAAGGAUGUGGAAGAUCCUACCAAGAAGCUCCACAGCAGUCAUGAGGGGACCUCCAGUAUGGACCAGGAGGAACCAGAAGCUCCACAGGUUAAAGAGGAACAAGAGGAACCCUGCAGCAGUCAGGAUGGAGAGCAGCUGGUACUGAAGCAGGAGCCUGUUCAAUGUCUAGAGACUCCCAGUCAUCAGAACAGGGAUUUCCCUGAAACAGAACCGAACACUUCAGAACUUGGUUCUCAUUACUCGUCGUUACAAUGUGAUGUUUGUGGAAAAGCCUUUAAGUCAAAAUAUAACUCCCAGAGGCAUCGCAGGGUGCACUUGGGCUUGAAGCCAUUUGUUUGUACAAUAUGUGGAAAAAGCUUUUCUCAGAAACAUCAUUUAAACGGCCACAUUCGCAUCCACACAGGUGAGUGGCCUUUUUAUUGUAAAACAUGUGGCAGAGGUUGUAGUGACAUUCGCUGUUUGAAUAUUCACAUGAAGACCCACUCAGGGGAGAAGCUGUUCACUUGUGAAAUAUGUGGGAAGGGAUUCACUCAGAUCCCUCAUUUGAAAACCCACCAGAGAACCCACACUGGAGAGAAACCAUAUGCCUGUCUAAUGUGUGGGAAAAAAUUCACUCACAAAAUUUCCCUUAAGGCUCACACAGCAUCACACACAGGUGAGAAACCUUUUUCCUGUUCAAUAUGUGGAAAUAAAUUCAACACAGCCAGUAGGUUGUAUGUUCAUAAAAAAACGCAUAUCGACCAGAAGCCAAAUCUGGUUAAAUGUUGAAGAUUGUAUCAGUUUUUUUAGGCAGGCAUGUCGUAGGUAGCCAGACUCCAAACUAAUGACAGCAUGAAGACAAACUUUGAUUUUGCUGUGAGGGAGACGUCGCCCCAAACCAUGUGGCGGUGUCAGAUUCAUUGGCAAGAAAUAUUAACCCAACAGAAAAUAAUCAUCCAAACCAACUUUGUUUAAUGUUGGUAAAGAAUUUGGACAGAUGCUGUCGGCGGGUUUUUUUUUUUUUUUUAGGUUUUACAUUUUUAUCUAUAUUUUAUUUAGUUCUUCGUGUUUUCUCUGUUAUUGGCAACAAUUCUGGAUCCUAAAUGUUCUUACACAAAGAAAGGCUUGCACCAAAGAGAAACUUCAGCAAAAACACAUUUCUCUGGAGACUUCUAUUGGGUCUCUGCCUUCAGCUUGUUCUUAGAGUCCACAAUUUCUUCUUUAAUCAUUGCUCUCAUUCGAGUGAUGGAAACCUGAGAGUUCACCUGGUAAUGAGCUGCAGUCAAAAUCCCACUGUAACAAAAAGUCUAUUCCACCCAUUUUACCAAAACUUAUGGUAGGAAUAAUAGAGUUUCUAUUCUAAAUAAACUAUCUUAGUCAUAUCAGUUUCAACACAUCAUUCAUAUAAUCAAAGUCUUUGGCCCCUUCUAUCUACGACAUUUUUAACCAAAUCAGCCUACAUUCCAUCAUAUGAAUUUAGGUUGUUUAGAAUUUAAUUAUUUUUGGUGAUAAGGCUGGAUGGAUUAAUCUGGACCAGGGGCGGAAAUUAAAGUUUUUCUCCAUCGGCCACAAACGUUUAACCAGCCACUCAAACAUUUUACCAACCACUAUUUUUCUUUGUGUUUAACAUUUGCCCUGGUUAUGAGAAAUAUCCAACCUAAACACCUGUUUAAUUUCAUCUAAGUUUAAGGUUAGUCUCAUUUAUUUGUACAUGGCUUUGGUUUGAUGUCAGUAAUAUCAUUAUUAUACCAUAUAUUGUGGACAAGAAAGGACUGCCGUUGUUGCAAUGUGGACCAUGUGAUUGUAAACAUCAAAACUCGUUACCUGAUUACGUAAGGCGUAUUGCAUCACUUCCUGUUUUUGCUGUUGGAUUAUUUGGUGUGUCAGGCUUGUUCGGUUUAAUCUAAAUUCUCUUUAAUGUGAUGUCUUUGACAUAUUCUAACACAUAAGCAUGGUAAAACACACAUUUUCUGUUGCUUCAUAUUAUAUUUUGGAACCUGUGUGUCAUGUUUUCUGUCGUAGUGGUAAGGGGUCCUCAGCUUCGAGCUAACUUAUACAAUGGCUAGCAGUUCUGUCUUUCUUGUUGUUUCUCCAUCUCCCUCUGAAAGUCCUCCUCGCUCCUGCUUUGUGUGUCAGAUGUUCAGUUACUCUUCUGCCUCCUUGAGUGAUAAUGGCACGAGUAAUAAAUUUAUCAUUUUUGUAGCAUUGGAGGCUAGGGUGUUGGAAUUGGAGGCUCGGCUCCACACUGUUGAAAAAACAGCAGAUAGCUGAUGGUCCCUGCCAGCGCGUAGUCACUGAGGGUAGUACCCCUGAGCAGUCCUUUAGCCGAGCCUGCGCAGCCGAGACCUAAGGCCGACUGGGUGAAGGUACGUAGAAAGCAUAGUCUUAGGUCCCGGCACAAGUGUCACCACCAAUAGAUUUUGGCACAUCUGCACAGAAACCAACUCUGGUAAUCGGCAUUAAAUUACAUUGAUAAUGAUCUAACAUUUGAGGAAAAAAUGUCCGAUCUAGAGAGACUGCAUCCAUCCACUAU